AUGGAUUCAAAUAAUGUUUUAGACCUAAAUGAUGUAAAAUGUUAUUACAAUAAGGUUUUCACAAAUGAAUUGUUACUGUCUUUAGAAAAAGAAAUUAAAAUAGAAGAUUUGAUAUUCUCUUAUAGUUAUUAUUCUAAUUUAUUAGGUGGAAAUGAAAAUUUUGACAAACACGAAAUAGAAAAUGAUUAUUUAAAAAGUGAUGAUGAAAUUAUUAAUUCAAAUAAUUACUUAAUAGAGGAAAACAAAAUGUAUAUGAAGAAAAACACGUAUGAUUCUGAAGGAACACUUAAUUAUUUUGAUCCUUACAUUACAGAAGAAGAAUUUGAAGAGAAAAUAGAAAAAACAUUUUACGAUUUAAAUAAUAUUUUGAAAUCAUCUUAUACGGAAAAUAAAGUAGGUGAUUUUAACAAAGUGGAUUUAAAUGAAGUUUUGCAAAAUUUAAAAGUUGAAAAAGUACAAGAAUAUUACCAAAUUUUUGAAUUACGUUUAGAAAAAAAUCAAAUGUACCAAAUCAUAUUAAUAAUGAUUGCAUUUAUUAUAAGAAGUAUUUUUAAUUUAAGUUUGGGAAGGAAAUUAAUUUUCUCAAAUAAAAAUAUUAAUAAUAUAUUAUUAAGGGCAUUAUAUAUUCAAAAUAUAUAUAUACAAAUAUUUACUUUAAGAAAUAUAAAAAAAUAUAUAAUAGAAGAUGGAGAAUAUUGUGAUAAAAUUCAUUUAAAAAUGUUAAAAAUAUGCAUUUUUAGUAAAUCUCUUUGCUCCUUUAAUCGGGCAAACGAAAUUAUACUACUUUUAGUUAAAGAAAAUAAAAAAGUGAAUGAAAUAUUUGAUUUCUAUUUUUUAAAAAAACUUAAAAAAUCACUUGAAAAAUCUGAUAACAUUCAACGUUUAAGAUUGCUAGAUUUUAUUACUGAUAAUAUUAAUUUAAAUAAUGAAGCAUUUGUUGAUAUAUUUCAAGUAAAUAAAAAAAAAUGCUAUAAUAAUGAAAUUGAAAAUUUAUUAAAGGAUGAUAAAAGUGAUGCAACUCAUUUAUCUAUUAUUUACAAAGAUGAUCAAAAUUUAGAAAAUUUUACAUUUGAUAGUGAUUAUGAAAAUUGUACUUUUAAUGAUAUUUCCUUUGUUGAUCAAAAUUGUGUGAAGGAAAUGAUGAACAAAUAUUGUCUAAAACUAAAUGAUAUAUGUAAAAUGAUAAAAAUUAAUAUUUAUAAAUAUUUACACAUGAUUUAUUUAAAAGAUGAUUUAUUAUUAAAAAUAAAUGUAUUAGAAAUAUUCUCAAAAUUAAUUAAAAAUAUAUAUUAUUGUGAUGCAGUUUCGGAAAACAUAAAUUUUUUACACACAGUUUUAAAUGACCUUAAAAAGUCGAAUGAAGAAAUAUUGCACUUAAAUAUUUUGAAUUCUAUAAUUUCUUAUUCUAAAAUAAAUCCAUUAGUUUUAAGUUUUAUUUUAAAUUCUCAUUCUAAUAUUUUAAUGAAAACUACAAUUCAAUUUUUAUGUGACUGUAGUAUGAAUGUUGAAAAAAUAAUUGUAGGAAUAAAAUCUUUUGGUUAUUUUUUUUCAAUUAAAGAAUCAUGUGAGAUUCUUUUGAAGUUAAACCCAAAUAUCCAUUUAAUCUCUAUUGAAAAAAUAAGUUCACAUUCGCACGUUAAUGUUUUGAGGCAUUCAAUUAAUAUAUGGUUAAGAAUAAUACCUUCUAAAUCGAUGGAUUUUGUAUGGUUUAAAGAUUUAAUUCAUAAUAUUCUUUUUGAGAAGAUAAUAACAAUAUUGAAAGAAAUUGAUGACAUAUUAAUACAGAUAAACAUUUAUAAUUUAUUAGAAAUAAUGAUUAAUUAUGAUAUAUGUGAUUUACUUUUAAAAGAGCAAUGGCUAAUAAAAAGUUUGUUAGGAAAUUUUGAAAAUAAUAGUUAUGAAUUAAAAAUGAGUAGAUACAACUUUUUUAUGUCGUUUUAUAAAGCUAAUAAAACCAGUAUUAGUAAUAAUUCUUAUGCUGAUAAUAUAAUAAAUAAUUUUAUAAAAAAUACACCUAAAAGAUAUUAA